AUGGCCCCUGCUCUCGAUCUCUCCAGCUUCACCAGCAAGCUGCACUUCUAUCUCAACGGCACUGAGAUUAUCCUUGACAACCCCGACCCCGAUACCACGCUGCUGCAAUAUGUCCGCUCCGUCGGUCUCACCGGUUCCAAGCUCGGAUGUGCCGAGGGUGGCUGUGGUGCCUGCACAGUGAUGGUCUCGUCGUACGACAAGGCUACUCAGCACAUUCGCCAUCUGAACGUCAAUGCCUGCUUGACCCCCCUCUGCUCCGUCGAUGGCAAGCAUGUCAUCACCAUCGAGGGCCUUGGCGACCACAAGAACCCCCAUCCCGUCCAGGAGCGCAUCGCCCUCUGCUAUGGCUCGCAGUGCGGUUUCUGCACGCCUGGUAUUGCCAUGUCGCUCUACGCUCUGCUCCGUAAUAACCCCACUCCAUCGGAGCACGAGGUCGAAGAGUCCUUCGAUGGAAACCUGUGCCGCUGCACUGGCUACCGUCCUAUUCUCGACGCUGCAAAGUCUUUCGCUGCCCCUGCCUCUGGCAAGAAGGCUGGCGGAUGCUGCGGUGGUGCUGGCCCUAAUGGCGGAUGUUGCAAGGAUGAAAAGCCCGAAAAGACAUCGACCAUCCCCCAGGAGAGUUCUGUCCGCUUUCCCUCGGUCCUCUUCAAGCAAUAUGAUGCCUCUCAGGAGCUGAUUUUCCCUCCCAGACUCAUGAAGAAGUCCGCUGAGGCCCUUUACUUCCAGGGACGCAAGUCUCAAUGGUUCCGUCCCACCUCGCUGGCCCAGGUCCUUCAAAUCAAGGCCGCUUAUCCUCAGGCCAAGUUCCUCGGAGGCAACACUGAGGUCGGAGUCGAGACCAAGUUCAAGUAUAUGGAAUACUCGCCUUUUGUUUAUUUGCACGACGUUGCGGAACUCCAGGGCGUUGAGAUCACCCCUCAGGGUAUCACCCUCGGUGCCAACGUCACCGUCGCCAACUUCCAGAAGACCCUCAAGGAGGCCAUCGAGAAAGUCUCUGAGAACGAGGCACAUGUUCUCCGCGCUUUCCUCGCCAACAUCAAGUACUUUGCAGGCAACCAGAUCCGUAACGCAGCCUCAGUCGCCGGUAACAUUGCCACCGCCUCGCCCAUCUCGGAUUUGAACCCAGUCUUUGUCGCCUCCAACUCGACCUUCAGCAUCCUCUCAUCCGAGCAGUCUGUCGAUUCAACCGCGCGUGUUGUUCCUGCGACGGAGUUCUUUGUCGGAUACCGCAGGACUGCCUUGAACCCUGCCACCGAUAUCUUGACCCAGAUCCAUAUCCCCCUCACCCGUCCAGGCGAGUACAUCCGCUCAUUCAAGCAGGCCAAGAGAAAGGAUGACGAUAUUGCCAUUGUUACUGCUGCGAUCCGUGUCCAGCUCGCUCCCGAUAACACCAUUGUCGAGACUGGAUUCGGUUACGGUGGAAUGAGCGCAUUCACCUGCCAGGCCAAGAGGACAUCUGCGUUCCUUAAGGGCAAGACCUGGGGUGACAAAGCUGUUCUCGAUGGAGCUUUGGAGAUGUUGGAUCAGGAUCUUCCCAUGGAGGUUUCUACCCCUGGUGGCAUGCCCGAGUACCGUCGUACUCUGGCCAAGUCCUUCUUUGUCCGUUUCUGGUGGGAUGUGAUUGAGCAGCAAAAGUUGAAUGUCGAGCACGAUCACGGCGACAUCAAGCUGUUGACCCAGGAGAUCCAUCGUGACCUUUCCUUUGGUGCCCAGAGUGAUAAGGGAACUGUCCAGAACUCGACGACCGAUAUUGUGUCGAAGAGCGUUGCCCACGUUGCUGCAAUGAAGCAGGUCACUGGUGAGGCCAUCUACACGGACGAUAUGCCCAAGCUUCACAACGAAUUGUAUGGUGCCAUGGUCCUCUCCAGCCGUGCGCAUGCCAAGAUUGUUAGUAUCGAUACCAGUGCCGCGCUUGCCAUGCCCGGUGUCAAAGCCUAUUUUGGUCACAAGGAUGUCCCUGGAAACAACGUCUGGGGUGCCGCCAUGUUUGAUGACGAGGAGAUCUUUGCUUCGGAGGAGGUUCACUGCGUCGGACAAAUCAUUGGAGUCAUCGUUGCCGAUACCCAGGCGAUCGCCCAGGAGGCCACUCGCAAGGUCAAGAUUGAGUACAUUGAUCUCCCCCACGUCGUCACGAUCGACGAGGCCAUUGCUGCAGACUCGUUCAUUCCUCUCACAAAGUCGAUCGUCAAGGGCGAUGUCGAUGCUGCGUUCGCCAACUGUGCCAAGGUCUUUGAGGGCCAGACCCGUCUCGGUGGACAGGAGCAGUUCUACCUUGAGACCCAGGUUGUGCUCGUCAACAACAAGGGCGAGUCCGAGUUUGAGAUUUAUGCCUCGACCCAGAACGCCAACGAGACCCAGUCGGUCGUAGCCAGCGUCCUUGGUGUCAGUGCCAACAAGAUUGCCUGCAAGGUCAAGCGUCUUGGAGGUGGUUUCGGAGGCAAGGAGUCUCGUACUAUCCCUCUGUCCUGUAUCAUGACCGUGGCCUCGUACCAUCUCAAGAGACCCGUCCGCUGCAUGUUGGAUCGUAACGAGGAUAUGACGAUCUCUGGCCAGCGCAACCCCUUCAUGGGCAAGUGGAAGGUUGGUCUGGACGAGAACAACAAGAUCAUGGCAUUGGAUACGGAGCUGUACUUGAACGCUGGUUGGUCCUCGGAUUUGUCGGUCGCAGUCAUGGAGCGUGCUUUGGGACACAUCGAUAAUGUUUACUACAUCCCCAACGUCCGUGCCGUCGGUCGCUGCUGCCGUACCAACAUCCACUCGAACACUGCCUUCCGUGGUUUCGGAGGUCCUCAGGCGAACGUUAUUGCGGAGACUUACAUGACCGAGGUUGCGGAGCGCAUUGGUAUGUCGCAGGAAGAGUUCCGUGAGAUCAACAUGUACAAGGAGGGCCAGCUCACGCAUUUCAACCAAGAGCUCAAGGACUGGCACUUGCCCAAGGGUUAUAACCAGCUCAAGGAGAAGUCAAACUAUCUUGCUCGCAAGGCCGCGAUCGAAGAAUUCAACAAGCAAUCGAAGUGGCGCAAGCGUGGUAUCUGCCUGAUCCCUACCAAGUACGGUAUCUCGUUCACGGCCCUGCAUCUCAACCAGGCUGGUGCGAUGAUCCAUAUCUACCACGAUGGUUCGGUGCUGCUGUCCCAUGGUGGUGUUGAGAUGGGUCAGGGAUUGCACACGAAGAUGAUCCAGGUCUGCGCGGAGGGUCUUCAGAUCCCGAUGGACAUGAUUCACAUUGUCGAGACCUCGACGGAUAAGGUCGCGAAUGCUUCGCCCACGGCUGCGUCGGCCUCUUCGGAUAUGAACGGUAUGGCGGUCAAGGACGCGUGCGACCAAAUCAACGAGCGCUUGGAGCCCUACCGUGCCAAGGGACUCCCAUGGAAGGAUAUUGUGCACCACGCGUACUUUGAUCGUGUGAACCUUAGUGCCAAUGGAUUCUACAAGGUGCCCGAUCUCGGAUACAAGUGGGGCGAGAACAAGGGCCAGCUGUUCUUCUACUUCACGAUGGGAGCUGCGGUCUCGGAGGUGGAGGUGGAUCUGUUGACAGGCAGCCAUACGGUUAUCCGAUCAGAUGUGAGCAUGGAUUUGGGUCGGUCGAUCAAUCCUUCGAUCGAUAUUGGACAGAUCGAGGGAGCAUUCGUCCAGGGCAUGGGAUGGUCGACGACCGAGGAGUCCCUGUACUUCCCUAACGGUCGGUUGUUCACGCAGGGUCCUGGUAACUACAAGAUCCCAGGCUUCCAGUGCAUCCCACAGGAAUUCAACAUCUCGUUCUUUGAGGACGUGACGCACGAGAGCGUGAAGACGAUCUACAAGUCCAAGGGAGUGGGAGAGCCACCUCUGUUCUUGGGUUCUUCGGUGUACUUUGCGAUCAGGAAUGCGCUUUGGUAUGCCCGUCAGGAGAAUGGACACCCAGGAUCGUUCUCGCUGUCGUUGCCGGCGACGCCAGAGAGGAUCCGCAUGGCGGUCGGAGAUUCGAUUGCGGAGAGCAGUAAGCUCCAGCCAAAGCAGGGCGAGCGUCCUUGGGUUCUCUCAGUCUUUUAA